GAGUAGAAGGGGGUUUGGUCCAUCCCCUCCGUUCACAGUUGUAUCGAAACCCUUAUUCAAAUUGGAAAAGAAAUUGAUUCCAAUCAGUGAUUAACUAACAAUUACUAGUAGGAUCAAUUAAUUAAUACUUCCUCCAUCGCUCCAACCUCCACUAUUUAUUCUUCUAAAUUGUUAUUUAUGUAUUAAGGCAGGCAGAGCCAUGUAUGGUAGAACAGGUGGUGGUCUUGAACGCUUCAAAAAGGCACAAACUUUACAACCCUUCCAACAAACCCUUUCAGAUUCUCAACCCUUGAAAGAUGAUUCUUCAGCCUCCGCAAACAACAAAGAUUCCACCGUUGUUGGAGGUUGGCAGGCUCCUGAUUGGGCCAUUGAACCCCGUCCUGGUCUUUUCUUUCUUGAUGUCUUUAAAGAUGGUCAACUCCUUGACCGCAUCCCUCUGGAUAAGCGUACCCACAUCUUUGGCAGGCAACUUCACUCUUGCCAUUUCGUCCUUGAUCAUCAAUCUGUCUCCCGCCAACAUGCUGCUCUUGUUCCUCAUAAAAAUGGUAGUCUUUAUGUUAUUGAUCUGGGUUCUGCUCAUGGCACUUUUGUUGCUAAUGAGAGGCUGACCAAACAUUCUCCCGUUGAGCUCGAGGUUGGGCAAUCUUUACGCUUUGCUGCUUCCACUCGGGUUUAUAUCUUGAAAAAAGACAAUGCUCUCCUUUUCCCUCCUCCUCCUCCCCCCUUGCCUAAUCUCCCCCCUCCCCCUCCCCCCUCUGAUGAACAAGCCGUCUUAGCUUAUAACACGUUCCUUAAUCGUCAUAGGCUCUCUAACUCUUUGGAUAACCACACAGAAAGACCUUCCAAGAGAAGUAAGAAGUCAAGAGUGGCAUUCCGAGAUCAAGUGGGGGGAGACCUUGUUGAAGUUGUUGGGGUGUCUGAUGGUGCUGAUGUUGAUACCGAGCCUGGCCCUGUUGGCGUUAAAGAAGGUAGUAGUCUUGUUGGGAAAUAUGAAUCUCUUGUACAGACGACAGUAAUACCAAGAGGAAAGGAAUCAAAGGAAGUUAGUAUUUCCCCAAAUGGUGUGACCGAUAAACUACAACAAGUCCUAAACAGAGUUAAAGCUCCUCCUAAAGCUGGAAUGUACGAUGAUCUUUAUGGAGAUUCAUUGUCUACCAAAGCGGGUUCUUCCUGGGCAUAUUCUUCUAAUCCUUCUGGAGGAAGGGAAGCUAUACCUGUAAGAUCAAACAGUAAUAUCGAUGAUAGUGAUGAUGAUUUGUUCGGCUAGCUUAGACAGGUACUUUGUGCUAUUGUGAAUUGGCAUUUUAGAUUCUAUUAUGUAUUUUUUGCUAUAUGGACCUUCAACUUGAUUGAUACCUGUGGAUGUGGGUGGCUUUGAAUUAGUCUUACUCAGAGAAAAUGGAGAACAACUGUUUGAUGCCCCUACUAUCAUUAAUUAUACUAUCAAUCUCAUGCUUCUCAUGUUUA